AUGAUAUCGUACAACAAUAAAUGUCCCAAUUACAAACAUGAUAAAAAGCCUAUUGUACCAAUUUGCAUGAAUUCAAAAUGCAAAGACAAUUCCCUCUUUGUCUCAAGUGCAAAUAUAAAUAACAUCCUAAUUAUAUCUUUAAUCUAAUACAAAUAUUAGACUUUUUACAAAGAAAUUUUCAAAUCAACAAGGCCAUUAAUAAUCCAUUGA